CGAACAUUUCAUAUUUUUUUUAUUUAAUUAUUACGUUUGGUUAUGGUUUAAAUGCAUUAAUAAUUAUAUUUAAAUACAAAUAAUAAUUUACGCGAAAUGUAUUUGUGACAUAUUGAUAAACAUAAAGCUCUGCAAUAGAUGAAAAACUUUGAAGAAUACGUUGAGAUUCAUAUUUACUGUCAAAUAUAAAGUUUUGAGGAAGGAGUCAUCUUGGAUAAAUACAUUUAUCUUAAUAAUACACACAGUGCACAAAUAUCUUAAAAUGUCAGAAGCCACAACAGUCCCUGACAAUGACCCGAUAAUCAUAAUUGAACCACCAGAACUUCAACGGGAAAUAGAAGUAGAGUCUGAAUCAUAUUCGGAUGAUGAUAAAACAUGUCUGAAGAAUUUCAUGAACUCCAUAGUAAAGAUAGAACAAGAUGUCCAACAGGAAUUAAUUCAGACCCCUCCUUAUAAAUGUGACAAGGGUGAUAGAUUAUUUAGAAAGAUGCAUUAUUUACAACAGCAUAUGGUAAAUCAUAGUCAUAAGUGUAUUGAUUGUUCAAAGACUUUUCCAGAUGCAAGUACAUUAAUAAUACAUCUGAAGAAUCAUAAAGAUGAAAGAUAUUUCGUAUGUACAAAGUGUGAUGAAGCAUUUACUACAAAAAAUCAUUUGGAUCAACACGUUUGUGCUCCUGCCACAGAACAAUCGGAUGAAUCUAUAGUUAAAAUGGAACCACAAGAACUUCCAAUUGAAGAUAUUGAACAGGAAAUAAAAGAAGAGCCUGAAUCAUGUUCAGAUGAUGAUAAAACAUGUUUGAAAAGGUUCAUGAACUCUAUAGUAAAAUUCGAAGAAGAAGUACAACAGGAAUUAAUUCAGGAUCUACCUUAUAAAUGUGAUAAGUGUGAUAGAUCAUUUAAAAAGCCACACAAUUUGAAAAGGCAUAUGGAAGCACAUAAACCUGAAUGUACAUAUUGUUCAAAGACUUUUCCAGAUGCAAAAACAUUAGAAAUACAUCUGAAAACUCAUAUGGAUGGAAAACCUUUCCUAUGCACAAUGUGUGACACAGCAUUUAUCACAAAAUAUAAGUUAGAUCGACACGUUUGUCCUUGUGCAGGAAAACAACAACAAAAUAUUCAUGCUCAAGCUGCUGAGAGACCUUAUAUAUGCAAUCUAUGCGAUAAGACUCUUGAAAAUUCCAAGCAUUUAAAAUCACACAUGCUCAUUCACAGUGAGGAACAAACCCACAAAUGUAAAAUAUGCCAUAAGAUUUGUACUCAAUCAGGUCAUUUGAAGGUGCAUAUGCUGUUGCAUACUGGAGAGCGUCCCCACAAAUGUAAAAUAUGUGAUAAGGCAUACACACAACGCGGUGCAUUGAAAUUGCAUAUGCUGAUCCACACCGGGCAACGUCUCCACAAAUGCAAAGUGUGUGGUAAGACAUUUAGACUUUCAAAUCACUUAAAAAUCACACAUGCUUGUUCAUAGUGAAGAGCAUCACUGGAAAUGCAAAAUAUGCGAUAAGACAUUUGUGCAUAACGGUAACUUGAAUCAACAUAUGCUCAUUCACACUGGGGAACGACCUUACAAAUGUGAUAAAUGUGACAAGGCAUUUGCAUAUGCGAGUAGCUUAAAAUAUCAUAUUCUCAGUCAUACUGUGGAUCAAUCCAAUAAAUGCAAAAUAUGCAAUAAAACAUUCAGAGUAUUGAAUAGCUUAAAUGGUC